ACGUGUUGAUGUCUGCCGUGCUCGCAGUAUCGUGGAUCCAGUGGAGCACAUUUCGGCAGGAAGAAGUGAUCUGUUAAAAUACAGAAUACGGCCUUGCAAGGACGAACUGAUGCAAGUCGGGUUGCAUGCUAAUGAUAAUCAGGGCAUUUAGAUUGAAUCGCACACCGCAGACGUUGCCAAUUCAGCGAGCGAAUGUCAAAGGUAUCGCGUUCUAACAUUGGCUAAAUACCGCUAUCUGGCAGGGUAGAGGAGAAUCUAUUAAUUGCCGUAGCGCAUACCUACACAUAAGACCGAAUAGCACCACUGGUUCGACGCGAGGAGCGACUGUGACAAUAACCAAAGGCCUUCUAUGAUAAUAGAAGUGAGGCCUUUUUGUUUCACCCAAUUUCGUCUCAUAUCUACAGACGCUGACCGCAGCCGACCGAGAACGUGAAACCUACUGCGGCCGCUAUACGAGUCACGUGAGAAAGAUCUCCACGUUCCGUGGCAAUAGCAGGAGUGAGGCACAAGUCCAUCUUUCCGUACCCGCAAGCGACGCAUUGAUCCAGCCGAGAGUAGUGAGCGGUGCACAACGACGCCUGACGCGCAACAGGUCUCGUGUGUGCGUAAGUCGAGGGGCAAGCGCAGCGACACCAUCAGAGCCAUACAAUGGGCCCAUUUGAAAGAUGACUGAACGAAACAUUGAACUGCAAACCACGCUGGUGCGCUACAACAAUCCGGUGUUGGUUGUGAAACAUACUGAAAAGAAAGAAACCCCUCCGGAUGUAGCCAAGGAGCAAACGGGCCGUCCCGGAUCCGGCGGUGCGGUUAUUGUCGAAAGUCCUCGCGAAACAGAAGAAAUCCUCAAUUGCAUUCUGCCGCCCAAAACUUGGGAGGAAGAUGGACAACUAUGGACCCAAACCGUUUCCAGCACACCCGCUACUCGUCAGGAUGUCAUCAAUCUGCAGGAGAUGCUGGACACGAGGCUUCAGCAAACCCAAGCUCGGGAAACGGGAAUUUGUCCGGUGCGUCGCGAACUCUAUACGCAAUGCUUCGACGAGCUGAUACGGCAGGUCACCAUAAACUGUACCGAACGUGGUCUGUUGCUGUUGAGAGUGCGGGACGAAAUUGCCAUGUCGAUGGAAGCGUAUGAAACGCUCUACUGCAGUUCGGUUUCAUUCGGUAUUCGGAAAGCCUUGCAAGCACAGGAAGGUAAGGAAAAACUUCAAGAGAGGAUACAACUUCUGGAGAAGGAGAAGGAGACGCUGGAGAACUCGAUCAGUGAUAUGAAGAUAAAGGCUGAUCAGGCUGAACGGAGGAAUGCUGAAUUGCAGGCUUCCGAGGAAAAGAAGCACGCUGAGGAGAUUGCAUUCCUGAAGAAGACCAACUCGCAGUUGAAGGCUCAACUUGAAGGAAUUAUCGCUCCUAAGAAAUAGUUCAGUGGUAGCUUUCGGAACAUAAUGAAGUAUUUAGAUUUAGUCAUAGUAAAUCUCACUUUUAUUUUAUAACAUGAGGAAAUGCAUUCACCUUCUAAC